AUGGAAACUAAUAUUCGUACGUUCGUUUGUAAGUGUGGUAGUGGUGGUUGUGGUGGUGGUGGUGGUGGUGGAAAUUGUGGUGAUAGUUGCUACACCGUGUACAAAGGUAGCAGUGCUUGCUACACCGUGUACAAAGGUAGCAGUGCUUGCUACACCGUGUACAAAGGUAGCAGUGCUUGCUACACCGUGUACAAAGGUAGCAGUGCUUGCUACACCGUGUACAAAGGUAGCAGUGCUUUCUACACCGUGUACAAAGGUAGCAGUGCUUUCUACACCGUGUACAAAGGUAGCAGUGCUUGCUACACCGUGUACAAAGGUAGCAGUGCUUGCUACACCGUGUACAAAGGUAGCAGUGCUUGCUACACCGUGUACAAAGGUAGCAGUGCUUGCUACACCGUGUACAAAGGUAGCAGUGCUUGCUACACCGUGUACAAAGGUAGCAGUGCUUGCUACACCGUGUACAAAGGUAGCAGUGCUUGCUACACCGUGUACAAAGGUAGCAGUGCUUGCUACACCGUGUACAAAGGUAGCAGUGCUUGCUACACCGUGUACAAAGGUAGCAGUGCUUGCUACACCGUGUACAAAGGUAGCAGUGCUUUCUACACCGUGUACAAAGGUAGCAGUGCUUGCUACACCGUGUACAAAGGUAGCAGUGCUUGCUACACCGUGUACAAAGGUGGCAGUGCUUGCUACACCGUGUACAAAGGUAGCAGUGCUUGCUACAUCGUACACAGUUGUACAAACGACCGAAUAUUCGACCAGAAUCCGAAAGCAACUUGGCAAAUACUUACUGGAACAUUGUUGAGAAAAACAGGGGAAUAG